AUGCAGGAGGCGAAAGAUGAUGGUGACAAUGAUACCACCGCUUCAGAGUUGAUUCCGCCACAUUCUCCUGAUUGCCGCAAUAAGGAUUGUGAUGAUACUGUUAUGGAGAAAAUGCCUGCUGUGGUCAUUAAAAAGUUUUCCGUAUUGGAAACUGAUACAAUCAGCAAUGAUUCAAGUCACAUUCAUGCUGAUGGAGAUAGUGGGCGUGGUUCUUCGGAUAUCAGGAUGUCUCACGGUGAAAUUCCUCCAUUACCUUCCAAUAAUGAUCGUGGUGAAGCGUCGUUGCCAAGGAAUGCAGGGAUUGUUUCGGUUCCCCCCAUAGUGCUGGACGAAGGCCAAAAAAACGAGGGACACAGUGGGACUGAGCUACCUUGCUUAUCACAUUCUGGUUCUUUACGUGCAUAUCAUCAAACGUCUAGUGGUAUGGGGCGCGGUGAUGAAACAGAGGCAAACCGUCCUCGGACUAUGGCCAAUGACACAUUCUGGAGGGCCUCUGUUGAAAAGAGAAAAACGCAACAAAAAGAGACAAUUCCCAUCUCUCCUCCUAAUGAGAACAUUGAAAGCGACAAGGCUGUGAAUAAACUACGGCAGGUGUGUUUGAAACAGGGGAACCGUUUGGCUGAUUUGUACUAUAGAGGUGUUAAAAUGAAACAAGAAUUAGAGGAGAAAUGCAAUGCUAUACGUUCUGCACGGGAGAAUGAGUUAAAUAGUUGUUCAUUUCACCCAGAAAUCACCAAACAGGCUAGAACACUUCAACGGUGUGGAAGCGUUCCUGAGUGCUAUAAGCCAAAUGCUCACCUUCGACAGCGGCUUCUUCUUGAAGCUUGGAAGUCUGAGGCGGUCGAAGAGUGUCGACCCACUCCGAUGAUUUCCAAGGGGUCUGAGCGCAUUGUCCGGCGUGUGCGAGGUAGUGGCGCUCCAGUGGUUCCUGUUGAAGAACGUUUACACAUGGACUCUGAUCGACGUCGCUGCCGAAGAGAGGAAGAUAUUGAAAUACAUAAACCUCCUGUGGUUACUAGGACUAGAGACGACGUAAAGGCGCAUAUUGAUAGUCUCUACGCGUACGAAGCAAAACGCCAGUUAACUUUGCAAAAACUAAGGGGUGAGGUGGAUGCACGUCUCUGCCAGGCACCUUUUCGUGUCAGUAGCAAUGAUGUUGUGGAGCGUCUUGUUCAAACGCUUCCGAGAACAAAAUGUGAUCACACUGCAGAAGAAAAACUUGUAUUUGCGCCCAGACUUAAUCCAUCAACAGAGGAGCUAAGUCUCCGUGCGAGGCGACGGCGAUUGAAAGAAUGGUACCAGUACCUUUCCCAGGAGACGUGCCAUGGCCCGUAUUCUCCUCUCUAUUGCGCAGCCAUUGAAAAUAUACGGGAUGUUGUUCGCCAGGCAAAUCUCCCGUAUAAUUACUCCUUGGAUGUUUUUUGUUCUACGUUAGACCACUACGAGCAAACUCAUGGUCCACAACUCUGGCAUUCAACGCCGCCACCUCUAGAGCCUCACUUGAAUGAGGAACUGACUUUUGUUCCCCGAGUUAACAACCAAAAGAAGCCAAUAGAGUCUUCUCAAGCAGCACAUGAACGAUUGUUUUCUAAGGCAAAGGAAAAGCAGCAGGCCUUGAAGCUUCAAGAACAAAUACAGCAGCAAGCCGCUUCUGCUGAAGAAAAAAAAAGAAAAGAAAAAAUGCGGUCUUGGUCAAGAAAAAGUGCCAAGAUAGUCGAGAAAGCUGAUAGAAGAGAAAUUGUGACAUCUCAUACAUUUUCGUUGCAGCGCAAGUUUUCACGGACUCUGAACCUCUCGUGUGAAUAUGGUCCAUUUUCGUCGUCGCGAUUCUCUGCGUCUUGUGGAGAUGCUGAGGCCUCCCCCGAGGCGCUUCCUCCAUCUGAAGUGUGCUCGUUGUCACCCGUGCUGGGCGCUGCAGAGGAGUUGCGUAAUUUAAUAGAUGCACCAGAGGCAACAGAUGCAAACCGUGCCUUAAUUCUUUCUGCAAGUUGUGAUAAUUUACCUGCUGAAGACGAUGCUGUGUCUUGUUGUGUCCCUGUUACUAUUAUGGGAGAGCAAAGCCCCUCGGUGCUCCCGACUUCGAGAGAGAUCCCCCCAAAACCUCGCCGCGCUGUUUGUGAUUUAGUGACCACCGAUUUGUUGAUGGAAUGUGCACUAAGCCGCUUUUUAUGGUCUGCCGAUGUGACUCUGCGUCGUCGCGAAUGGUGUGAAAGCCGUCGUCGUCUUCAGCAAGUGGGUAAGGCGCUCUACCAAAGGAGGUAA